CACAGGGCUCUGGCUGCCUGGACCUGGCCCGGGUGUCGCAGCUGUACACCGAGGCGCUGACCGGCUUCCUGUCCAAGCGGAACAGCCCCCUCAUGACCGCCAUGUUCGUGGACCUCUUCACCCGCCACCCGAUGCUGUGCCAGCGGCUGGUCCCCGUCGUCCUCCCGUUUGUCACGGAUGGAGUCCGGCCUUACCAGCAGGCCCAGGCGUGUCUGAUGCUUCUCAAGGCCCUGCAGCUCCGGGAGCUGAAGCUGGCACUGGGGGCCCCCGGCUGGCAGGAGCUCAUCAGAGACAGUGUCCAGCGGGUCACUGAGAGCCUGCAGGUGAGCAAUCAGGGGGUGAACAAGAGCACCAACCUCAAGAUGUUCAAGGCCCUGGAGCUGCUGGUCUUCCUCAUCCGGACAGUGAAGGAGGAGAAGCUGCCCGUUGGCCUGGAGGCGCCCCUGGCCGUGCUGCAGGAGCUAAGGCAGAGGGGUGUCCUGCGCGACAGGGGCCGGCUCUCGGACAUCACGUGGCAGGCCCUGAAGCUGCUGGGCAUCCAGCGCCCCAAGGAGGACAAGGCCCGGCCCCCAAAGAACAAGGAAGACGCCGCGGCCCCUGAGGGUCCGGGGAGCCGCAAACGCAAGAAGGGCUUCCUCCCGGAAACCAAGAAGCGCAAGAAGAGGCAUCAGGAGGAGGGGGCAGCAGAGGCCCCCACAGCCGAGGGAGGCCUUGGAGGGAAGAAGAAGAGGAGGCGGCGGAGGCGGCGGCCGAAGCAGCAUCAGGCACUCCCUGGGCCUGGGGUGAAUGAGAGCCCACAGUCCCCCUCAGGACCUCCAGGCCCAGACACCAGCCCGGAGGAAGCUCCUGCCUCCAGAGGGCCCAAAGGGAAACACCGGGCUGGCAAGAGGAAGGACAGCCCAGACGCCACCCCUGCGGCCGCCCCACUGGUGAAAAAGGCCAAACUGCCCACUACGGGUGGGAAAGGUGGCCCCAAGACCGGGCCGAGGAAGAAACCAAAGCCGGGGGCCGAUGGCAGCGGUGCCACACUGGCAUUCUGAGGACUCCAGAGACCUUAUUUUUUUAUCCUAAAUCCAAUAAAGGUCAUCUCUGCAGCCCCCUGGGCUGCCCACGCCUGC